AGAAACUUGUCGUUAAGUUAGCCGUAGAUGCUUCACUGCAGAACUUUCUAAGCAAUUAUAUUUAGAAUGUGGCUAUCAGUGUUUAUAUAAGUAAAUUCCCAUAAUAAAUUUGAGAUGAAACGUAUGUGGCAUCAAUUUAUUCAUAACGUGAUUGGUCGAAAGCAAAAAAAUAUAUACAAACGACACGAAAAUAUACAUUAAAAUAAAUAUAUGAAAAACGACACGCGUGCGAAACAUGUACGCUAGUAGAUAAAAUAAAACAUGUAAAUUGUUCCAACGAGUAAUAUAAAUUAAAAAUAAUAAAACCCUUAACUUCACUUAUUGUAUGGCUACAACAAUAAUUGAAGUUCCCAGCAGUUUCCAAUCCAAGUAACAAAAUGGCUACGGCCACAGCAGCAGUCGCCGCUAAACAAGGUGGAAAAAAAGUCUUAAGAUAUAUUCUCGGGACAUGUAUGCCAUCAAUAAAAGAAAAUGCUGUUAAAAUAAGAAUCAAAAGAUUAGGACUAGACAAAAAUCUUCUUAUGUAUUUUAACGAAUAUGAAUUUGUACACGCCUAUGAUCCGUACAACCUUUGCAAAACUGGCGAUACCGUUUUAAUACAAAAUUUACCACAGAAAAUGACACGUCUAAUUACCCACAAAGUAAUUGAAGUAAUUUACCCUCUAGGAGAUAUGACGGACCCGAUAACAGGUAGAAAGAUUGUUGCUGGAAAAUACAGAGAUCAAGUGCAGCAAGAAAUCGAAUUGUACGGUAAAUUAGACAGUAAUUUCAAGUAUGAAGAAGCUCCACCUCGAGGUAGCAUGGAAGCUAUUCGUGACUUUUCGCACAAAGAAAGUUAUAUCAAGUAUUAUGAUGAUCCAAAUGAUCCUCAACAUUAUGCAGUUUAAAUUUAUAAUAAAUAUUAUUAACCAAUAAAUAAAAAAUAGUAACAGUA